AUGGAAAGAGAAGUUAAUCCAAAACUUAAACAAUAUCAGUCUAAAAUUAUACAAGUACUUACAAAUAGAAAUAUUGAAACAUCACCAGAAAACAUUAUUAAUUAUAUAGCACAAACAAUUUUAGAGUUAGAAUCUGAUGCUUUAAUUAUGCAAUUAUAUUCUAUAUUAUUUGUGUACAAAGAUUUUGUGAAAAAUUCGGAUUUAAUUACUAGUUUAAUUUUAAGUCACAUUGAAACUGCUUUUCAAGAAAAAGCUUAUCGAUUAAUUAGAAUAAUUUUAAAUAAUGAUAGGCACUCUAUCAACUUGUUUAAAAAUCUUCUUGAUAUAUUUUACAAAACAAAUGAUAAGAGGCUAAGAAGCAUUCUAGAACUUUUUAAUAUAAAAAGUGAAUUUGCUGUUCAACUUUAUGAUGAUAACAAUUUUAUAAGAUUUUAUAAUUUAUAUUUUGAUGAAUUAAUUGGAAAACUUGACUUUAAAAGUCGUUUAACUAAUUUUAAUACAAAAUAUGCAUACAAUUUGUUGCUUAAAUAUACAAAUUAUAUUAUAAAUGGUCCUAAGAUCGAUCAAGGAAAUUUAUGCGAAAAAAAUAUAAAUUUGAUUUUUUGCAUUGAUAAAAAUGAAGAAACAAUAAAAAUUUCCAUGGAUCUUCAAAAAGUUGAACUUGAAUAUAUUAUUAAUUUACUGGUAUCUAAUAAAGAUUAUUGUGGUUAUGAAAAUACUAUUAUGAAGAUUAUUAAUCAAAUUACAAAUUAUAAUAAUAUACAUUUUUUAAAGACCAAAAAUUUUGUGAUUGACUUAUCUAAAAAUUUAAAAAAUCUUAUUAAAGAUAUUCUUACAAGUAAAUCAACUGAUUUAAAAUUGGCAGAAGAAUUUUUUUACAUAAAUAGAUUAUUUUUAAUUCCUCAUUACAUUUCUGUGAUUAGAGAGAUAACCUCUGUUAAAUUAUUACAGAUUAUUGCUAGUGCGGUUGAUAUAAAUGUUCUUAGUCAAAUUAUUAAGCUUGAUGUUAACUUAUUGAAAUUUAGUACUAAUAAUGAUAUCUCUGUAUUUUUCAGUUUGUAUGAACAAGAUAAUCUUAUUAUUAAUAUUAUGCCAACUUUUCUAGAUUAUUGUACUGAUCAUCAAAAUCUCAUUGUCAAAUUAUCUGAUUUUUUUUGUACAAAAAUACCUACAGAUUUCUUUGUAAUUUGUACUACUAUGAGAAAUAUUUUGAGAUCGCAUGAAUUGAAUAUUAAAAAGGAUUUAAUAUUAAGAAAUUUAAUUCCGAAAGAAAUGAGUAAAAAUAUUAUAAGGGAGAUUACAAAACAUGAAUUAUUUAAGGUUAUUAUUUGCCAUUAUCAGCAUAGUGCUGUAGUUAAUGAUUUAUUAUUUACUUUAGGUAAGUAUAUUCCAAACUUAGAGGAAGAUGGAAAGAUUAUAGUUGAUGAAAUUUUAUUGGGAAAUUUGACAAAUUUACAUUUACUUAAAUUUUUUAUCUCUGGGAUGACUAUCAGUUUAGAGUUUUUAAGUAAACUAUUAGAUGAAUGCAAAAAGAAUAAAGAUUAUCAAAAAAAGUUUUAUGAAAUUUUGUAUUAUUUAGAAAAGUUUAAUAAAAUUAAUAUUGAUAUUUGUAGUGAUAUAUAUGCCGAUGAUGCUAUUAGCUCAUUGCAAGCCAACUCUUUAAAAUGGAGGAUUCAAUAUUUAUACCUUAGGUAUACAAAAAAGUGUUGUAAUAGUUCUGAUUAUUGCUUUAUAAAUUUUUUAAUGGCUUUGACUUCUAGUCUGUACCUUGGAAAUAAAAGUUGUACAGAUGUUUGUGAAGGAAUUUUAGAUGAUUUAAUGAUUUCUAAUAAUAAAAAUAUCCUUUUGGGGUUUAUUGAAGAUAAUAUUAAGAAUAAUGAUAUUAAUAUUAGAUGUGGAUGUCUUAAAGCAUAUGAAUUUAUUUUAAGAAAUUAUUUUAAGGAUUUACAUUUAGAAUAUAUGGUGCAUAUAUACAACUAUUUAUUUAAGAUUUAUAAAAAUAUUAAUGCAUUAAUUAUUAUUAAGAUUCUUUGUAAUUAUAUACAAUUUACAGAAGGUGUUGUUACAAAAGAUUUAAUUGAUAUUAUUGAGUAUUAUAUUGAUACUAAAAAGAAAAAGUAUAGAAAAGAUUUAAAACAUUUAGUAAGUCUUAUAAUUGAUACUAAAUCUCUUGAUUUAAAUAGGAGAAUAAAACAAUAUUAUAAAUUUAAGAUAAAAACAGAUACAGAAGAAAUUAUCAUUAAAAAGAUUUAA